AUGGCGCAAAAUGACCAGGUCUUCGGAUCUGAGGAACAGGUUGAUUUAGCAAUCAUUGGAGGCGGUCCCACAGGACUUCUCUCUGGGCUUCUCGCGAGUCGUCUGGGCCUUUCUGUAAGCAUCAUAGAUGCAAAGCCUGGGCCCUUGGAAGUAGGCCGAGCAGAUGCGUUGAACGCUCGCACACAGCAAUACCUCGAGGUUGUUGGGAUUAUUGAUGAAUUGCUUCCACUAGGAAUCAAAUGCAACACUAGUUCAACCUUCUCAGAGGGUGACUUUAAGUCUCGACAGAGUCAUUGGUGGACAUCGCUCCAGCACUGCUUUCGCCCUAACUUCUUGAUGGUCGGCCAAUCUGUUGUAGAACAGGUGCUCAAAGACCAGCUGGACGUACCGGUCCAUUAUCAAGAGAAGGUCACUAGCAUCUCCGAGACGGAACAGGGCGUCACGCUCCAUACAGAUCGUGGCCGGAAGGUCUCGAGCAAAUAUGCCAUCGCAGCUGAUGGAGCACGUUCAACUGUUCGGCAGGCUUUAGACAUUAGUUUUGCCGGAACGAAGCCUGAGAUGGUGUGGGCGGUGCUUGACACAUUCAUCGAGACCGACUUCCCCGUAUGCUCAGAGAUUAUUACGUUCCAACUAAGGGGCCAGUCACGGAUAUCAUGGAUUCCUAGAGAACGCGGGAUGGCGAGAUUUUACGUGCUUCUUGAGGGAGAAAUCACUCAGAAAAAAGCUGAGGAUUCUAUCCGAGAACACAUGGCGCCGCAUAGAGUUGACUUCGUUAGAACGGAGUGGUUUAGCACAUUCGACGUGAAAGAGCGAAUCGCCUCCACAUUCGUCCCGAAGCAGGGAGAUGGUCGUAUCAUCCUAGCAGGCGAUGCGGCUCACGUCCAUUCUGUGAACGGAGGGCAGGGCUUAAACACGGGAAUUGCCGACGCGUUCGCGCUCAUCUGGCGCGUUGUUGCAGCUAUCAGGAAUGCGGGGCUCACUCCUGGAGCUGCCACCAAGUUGAUCCGAAGCUAUGAUACUGAACGUCGGGCCGUAGCACAGGAAGUCAUCGAUGUCGCGGCGGCCCUCGUCCGAGAUACGGUACAUACUGCAAAGCAAUAUGUUUCGACCAUUGAGAAAAAUGCCGGAUAUAUAACAGGAAUGGGAGUCUCCUAUGAUGGAGUUGGAUCUGAAUUGAUCGUGGAAUCCGAACGAGGUAUCUGGAAGGCAGGCAAACGAUGUCCAGAUAUUUGGCUUACCCCAAUUGGGAACAAUGAAGCGACUCGACUGUAUUCGAUGGUUUCAUACGGAAAAUAUUUGGUAAUCUUCCAAGGAGAACAGGAUGUUCAGAUGUUGUUCGGAGAUAUCUGCACCUAUUUUAUUCUCCGCCCCAUCGAUGCAGCUCAGGUGGGAACGGGAAUCAACGGUCACGAUAACGGAUCAAAUAACCGACCAGGUAUUUUUUCGUCGGAUGUUACUACUCCUGAAGACAACUUUGUCGUCAUAAUUUACUACCUAAAGUGGCCUAAGCGCGUCAUUUCAGCUGAGCCUCGGCUCGGCACUGGCCACCAGUGGCAGGAGCGUGAAGCAUGA